AUGGCAUCCCCCUCUCCCCCGGCGCCCCAGUCAGACAGCGCCGCGCUCCUCAAGGCCUUCGACGAGGCGCGCACGGGUGUCCGCGGCCUCGUCGAGUCCGGCCUCUCCUCCGUGCCCGCGCUCUUCGUCCAUCCGGACCCCUACGCCUCCGCGCCCCUCGCGCCGCCGGGCGUCUCAAUCCCAGUCGUCGACCUCUCCCUCCCCGCGCCCGCCGCCGCCCGCAGCUGGGGCUUCUUCCACCUCGUCAACCACCACCAGGCCCUCGGCGUCCCCGAGGACUACCCCGCGCGGGCGCUCGACGCCGUGCGCGCCUAA